AUGCCGGAGCGCUCCAACACCUGCGUGGAGUGCGGCAAGAGCUUCAGCCGUCGCUCCAAUCUGGUGAAGCACCAGAUCAUCCACACCGGCGAGAAGCCCUUCUCGUGUGGGGAGUGUGGACGCAGCUUCACCCAGAGCUCUGCCCUUACCAAGCACCAGCGCACCCACACCGGGGAGCGCCCCUACGUCUGCGGGGAGUGCGGCAAGGCCUUCACCGCCAGCUCCAACCUGCUGCAGCACCAGCGUUUCCACACCGGGGAGCGCCCCUAUGUCUGUGGCGAAUGCGGCAAGGCUUUCAGCCAGAGCUCCAAUUACAAUCUGCACCGGCGCACACACACCGGCGUCACCCCCUACCAGUGCGGCGUCUGCGGCAAGCGCUUCACGGGCAGCUCCUGCCUGGCUCGCCACCGGCGCACCCACACCGGCGAAAAGCCCUACCAGUGCUCCGAGUGCGGCAAGCGCUUUUCUGGCAGCUCCACCCUGGUCAACCACCGGCGCACCCACACCGGCGAAAAGCCCUAUGGCUGUGCGGAGUGUGGCAAGGCCUUCACCCACCAUUCCAACUUGGUGGACCACUGGCGUGUCCACACCGGCGAGAAGCCCUACAUCUGCGCUGAGUGCGGCAAGAGCUUCCGCAACAGCUCCAACCUGAAGAAGCACCAGACCACCCACACCGGGGAGAAGCCCCACGGAUGUCCCCAGUGCGGCAAGCGCUUCAGCCACAGCUCCAACCUGCGAAAGCACGAGCGCACCCACACCGGCGAGCGCCCCUUCCGCUGCCCCGAGUGCGGCAAGAGCUUCCGCGAGAGCUCCAAGCUGCUCCGCCACCAGAACACCCACGGCCGCGAGCGCCCCUUCCGCUGCGCCGAGUGCGGCAAGAGCUUCCGCCAGAGCUCCACCCUGCUGCUGCACCAGCGCGUCCACACCGGAGAGAAGCCCUUCACCUGCCCCGACUGCGGCAAGAGCUUCAGCGUCAACGCCAACCUGGCGCAGCACCGGCGCACCCACACCGGCGAGCGCCCCUUCCCCUGCGCCCAGUGUGGGAAGCGCUUCACCCAGAAAGCCACCCUGCACGAACGCACCCACACGGGGGAGCGACCCUACCAGUGCCCCGACUGCGGGAAGGGCUUCACCAACAGCUCCAACCUCCUGCGCCACCAGCGCAUCCACAGCGGCGCCAAGCCGUACCCCUGCGCCGAGUGUGGGAAGAGCUUCCGCCACAAGGAGCACCUGACCCGCCACGGCCGCGUCCACGCCACGGAGAAGCCCCAUGUCUGCGCCCACUGCGGGGAGGCCUACAGCACCCGCACCAACCUGCUGCGGCACCAGAGCAGCCACACGGGGGAGCUGCCCUACAAGUGCCCCGAGUGCGGCCGGCGCUUCGGGGAGGCGGCGGCGCUGGCGGGCCACGCGGUGAUCCACAGCGGGAAGCCCCACAUCUGCCCCGAGUGCGGGAAGGGCUUCCGGCGCGGCUCGUCGCUGCGGGAGCACCAGCGGGUCCACACUGGAGAGCGGCCCUACGGCUGCCCGCAGUGCGGGAAGGGCUUCAGCCAGCGCUCCUCCCUGGUGCUGCACCGGCGCACCCACACCGGCGAGCGCCCCUACGUCUGCGGCGACUGCGGGCGCAGCUUCAGCGUGAGCUCUGCCCUCAUCACCCACCAGCGGCUGCACACCGGGGAGCGCCCUUUCCCGUGCCCGGAGUGCCAGAAGCGCUUCAGCGACCGCAAGGCCCUCAAGCGGCACCAGAGGGUCCACACCGGGGAGCGGCCUUACCGCUGCACCGACUGUGGCAAAGGCUUCAGCCAGAGCUCGGCGCUGGCCACCCACCAGCGCAUCCACACCGGGGAGACCCCGUACGGCUGCGGGGCCUGUGGCAAGCGCUUCGGAGACCUCUCGGCCCUCAAGCGGCAUGAGCGCAUCCACACCGGGGAGCGGCCCUACCGCUGCGGCCAGUGUGGGAAAGCAUUCAAGCACAGCUCGGCCCUGGCCCAGCACGGCCGUACCCACACCGGAGAGAAACCCUACGUCUGCUCCCAGUGCGGCAAAGCCUUCUCCCAGGGCUCCACCCUCAUCCAGCACCAGCGGGUGCACACUGGCGAGCGCCCCUACCCUUGCCCCCAGUGCGGGCGAAGCUUCUCCCAGGGCUCUGCCCUCACCCAGCACCAGCGCACCCACACCAAGGAGAGCGACCCGGCACGGCCUGUCAACUGCGGGGAUUGUGGGAAAAGCUUCACGAAGAACUCAGAGUUAAUCAAACACCAGCGCACGCACACGGGUGAGAGGCCCUACCAGUGCCCUGACUGCGGGAGGUGCUUCGCCAUCCGCUCCAGCUUGGAUCGCCACCAGCGGGUCCACACCGGCGAGCGGCCCUUCCCCUGCACCCGCUGCGGGAAGAGCUUCAAGCUUAGCUCAGCCCUGAGCCGGCACCAGCGCCGGGUCCACACAGGAGAGAAACCUUACAGCUGCCCUGACUGCGGGAGGAGCUUCGCCUUCCACUCCACCCUCAGCAAACACCAGCACAUCCACACCGGCGCCAGGCCCUUCCAGUGCGCCGAGUGCGGGAAGAGCUUCCGGCAGAAAGGCCACCUGACCCGCCACAGCCGCGUCCACGCCGGGUUAAAGCCCUACGUCUGUGCUCACUGCGGGGCGGCCUACAGCACCCGCACCAACCUGCUGCGGCACCAGAGCGGCCACACCGGGGAGCUGCCCUACAAGUGCACGGAUUGCGGGAAGAGCUUCACCAAGCGGCACUCGCUGCUGCAGCACCAACGGUCCCACACCGGAGAGAAGCCUCACCAGUGCCCCGACUGUCCCAAGAGCUUCAUCGCCAGCUCCGCUCUGGUGCAGCACCGCCGGAUCCACACCGGCGAGACGCCCUACCGCUGUGAGGAGUGCGGGCGCAGCUUCAGCCAGCGCUCGGUGCUGACCACCCACCGGCGGCUGCACACCGGCGAGCGGCCCUACAAGUGCGGCCAGUGCGGGAAGGGCUUCAGCCAGAGCUCGGCGCUGACCCAACACCGCCGCACCCACACGGGGGAGUCGCCCUAUGGCUGCGCCCAGUGCGGGCGGAACUUCAGCGGCAUGUCGGCCCUCAAGCGGCACCACCGGACCCACACCGGCGAACGGCCCUUCCGCUGCGGCCAGUGUGGGAAGGGCUUCAAGCAGAGCUCCACACUGGUCCAGCACACCAGGAUCCACACGCAGGAGAGGCCCUUCUCCUGCACCCAUUGCGGCAAGAGCUUCAGCCAGCGGUCGGCUCUCGCCAAGCACCAGCGGACUCAUGCCAAGGAGAGUGGCGGCUCUCACGAGGCCGUGGGGACGCGGUUCUACAAAGACCCCUUCGUUCAGCCGGGGGAGGGCGGCACUGAGCCCGAGGAGGUGGUGGUGGUGCUCCCGCCGGGGACGUGGGAUUGUGAGAUGCCCCCCCGCGUGAAGGAGGAGCCGGGGACACCCCUGCAGGUGAAGGAGGAACCGGAGCCGCCUCAGCAUAUUCAAGAUGGGCCCUAUCGGGCUCUGCUCGAGUCCUGCUUGCAGUUCGGUCAAGCUGGGCAGGAAGUGGUCUCAGACAAGAUGGAUUCCUUUAGCCUCCAGCUGGUGCGACUGAAGUGUGUGUCCCAGGAGGAACUUCCAGGAUCCUGGAGCACGCCGUCCCAGGAGCCCCGAGAGCGACGGGAAAGGGAUCAGCUUCCGCCCCAGAUAUCCGAGGAGGAGAGCGAUGACGAGCAGGAGUCCGUGUCAUUGACACCCAUGGUCGGCUUCCAGGCGCCGGUGGCGUUCGAGGAGGUGGCCGUGUAUUUCUCCCGGGAGGAGUGGGGGCUCCUGGACGAAGGGCAGAGGCAGCUCUACAGGGAUGUCAUGCAGGAGAAUUACCAGACUCUGAUCUCGCUGGCAGGAGUCCCCGUCCCUGACCCGGCCGCGAUCUCCUGGAUGGAGCGAGGGGAAGAGCCGAGGGUCCCGGAUCUCCAGGGCUCCGAGGAAAGGGAGAUCAUGAGAGGCGCCGGCGCAGGUGCCAGGAGGGAAAACCCCCAGCAGGAAGGGCCUGCAGGAGUGGAGCUGCACAGGACGUCCCAGAGCCCAGAGCUGGGAGAGGCAUCCGGUGGCGUGGGAUGGCAGCAGGGGAAGCCAUCUCAGCAGGAAAGACCCAAGACCGGUGGUCACCCGCGGGCAAGAGAGGGGCCCAUCAUCUGCGGGGAUUGUGGGAAAAGCUUCGGGAAGAGCUCGGAGUUCGUCAAACACCAGCGCACCCACACGGGCGAGAGGCCCUACCAGUGCCCUGACUGUGGGAGGAGCUUUGCCAUCCGCUCCAACCUCCUCCGCCACCAGCGCAUCCACACCGGUGCCAGGCCUUACCCAUGUGCCGAGUGCGGGAAGAGCUUCCGCCACAAGGAGCACCUGACCCGCCACAGCCGCGUCCACGCCGGGUUAAAACCCUACGUCUGCGUUCACUGCGGGGCGGCCUACAGCACCCGCACCAACCUGCUGCGGCACCAGAGCGGCCACACCGGGGAGCUGCCCUACAAGUGCACGGAGUGCGGCCGGCGCUUCGGGGAGAUCACCGCCCUGGUGGCACAUCUGGUGGCACACUCCGGGGAGCGGGCCCACAAGUGCCCCGAGUGCGGGAAGAGCUUCCGGCGCGGCUCGUCGCUGACGGAGCACCGGCGGGUGCACACCGGGGAGAAGCCCCACGUCUGCCCCCAGUGUGGGAAGGGGUUCAUGCGACGCUCCAUCCUCAAUGGGCACCGGCGCACCCACACCGGCGAGCGACCCUACCCAUGUCCCCAAUGUGGGAAGAGCUUCAGCCAGCGCUCGGCGCUGACCACCCACCGGCGGCUACACACCGGGGAGCGGCCCUUCCACUGCGCCCAGUGCGGGAAGAGCUUCAGCCAGAGCUCGGCGCUGAUCCAGCACCAGCGGACCCACACCGGCGAGACCCCGCACCGCUGUGGGGACUGUGGGAAGGGCUUCGGGGACCGCUCGGCCCUCAAGCGGCACCGGCGCACCCACACGGGUGAGCGGCCCUACCGCUGCACCCAGUGCAGCAAGAGCUUCAAGCAGAGCUCGGCGCUGACGCAGCAUGUUCGCAUCCAUACCGGGGAGCGGCCCUACGUCUGCCCCCACUGCAGGAGGGGAUUCUCUCAGGGCUCGGCUCUGGCCCAGCACCAGAGGACUCAUGCCAAGGAGAAGAGCCUGUCGGACGUGCCCACUGCCAGCCGCCUGUACAGGGAUCCCUUCAUCCGGCCACGGGAUGUGGAGGAGGGGCAGCAGGGCUGCCCCUGGGGACACGGUGCACUCAGCCAGGCUGAAAGAGAAGCUGCAGUGAUAGAAUCAUAG